AUGAACGAAAAUUUAUUCGCCUCUUUCAUUACCCCUACGAUAAUAGGUCUCCCUAUUGUUAUCCUAAUUAUUAUAUUUCCCACUAUCAUAUUUCCAUCAACUAAUCGAUUAGUUAAUAAUCGGUUAGUGGCAAUCCAACAAUGAUUAGUUUACUUAACCUCUAAACAAAUACUCUCUAUCCAUAAUCGUAAAGGCCAAACAUGAGCCCUAAUACUAAUAUCUCUCAUUUUAUUUAUCGGCUGCACAAAUCUGCUAGGCCUACUACCACACUCUUUUACUCCAACAACACAACUAUCAAUAAACCUAGGUAUAGCUAUCCCCUUAUGAGCUGGAACAGUAAUUCUAGGAUUUCGACAUAAAACCAAAGCCUCCCUAGCACACUUUCUCCCACAAGGAACUCCCUUACCACUAAUUCCAAUAUUAAUUAUUAUCGAAACUAUUAGCUUAUUUAUUCAACCUAUAGCAUUAGCCGUACGACUUACCGCUAAUAUCACUGCUGGCCACUUACUAAUUCAUCUAAUUGGCGGUGCUACCCUAGCUCUUAUAAAUAUCAGUACAGCCACCGCCCUUAUUACAUUCAUAAUUCUAGUCCUACUAACUAUCCUAGAAUUUGCUGUAGCUCUAAUCCAAGCUUAUGUCUUUACCUUAUUAGUUAGUCUAUACCUACAUGAUAAUGCUUAA